UGUGCUGGGCAAAGAAAAACUCCCCCGAUCAUUUCCCCCUUCUUUCCUUUGUAGUUUUCGUUGUUGGCUGUAGUUCCACCUCGUGUUGUCCACCCAUUUGCAGUGAAAUCAUCAUGGCUGAGCCAAGUGCUAAACGAUCUCCAGCGGAAGCCAGCGAGGAAGGCUUCCCCCAUUUUGCCACCCAAGCUAUUCACUCUGGCCAGGACCCUGAUCAAUGGCGUUGCCAGGCGAUGAUUCCGCUGAUCUCUCUGUCGACAACAUUCAAGCAGAACUCUCCAGCGGUGCUGUCGGGCGGUUAUGAGUACACCCGUGGUGGCAACCCGACACGCAAGGUCUACGAGGAUUGUUUGGCAGCUUGCGAGAACGCCAAAUAUGCUCUGUCAUUUUCAUCUGGUUUGGCAUCCUGCAUGAGUGUCAUCAACACGCUCAGUUCAGGUGACCACAUUGUGUGCUGCGAUGACGUCUACGGAGGCACCAACCGUUAUCUGAACAGAGUUGUGGCACGCAUGGGCAUCACCACCUCAAUGGUGGACUGCUCCAACGCAGACAAUGUUGCUGCCGCCAUCAAGCCAAACACUAAGCUGGUAUGGAUUGAAUCUCCCACCAACCCACUGCUGAAGCUGUGUGAUAUCAAGGCUGUGGCUGAUGCUGCACACUCCGCAAACAAGGACAUCAUUGUCGUCACCGACAAUACCUUCAUGUCUUCCUACUUCCAGCAUCCUCUUGACCUAGGUGCAGACAUUGUGAUGCACUCCAUUACCAAGUACAUGAACGGUCACGGUGAUGUGCUGGGAGGCGCUCUGUGCAUGAACAGCAAGGACCUGUACGACAAGCUCUACUUUGUCCAGUAUGCCGUCGGCGCAGUGCAGAGCCCCUUCGACUGCUACAUGGCCAACAGAGGGCUGAAGACCCUGGCCGUGCGCAUGAAGCAGCAUCAGAAGAACGCCUUUGCUGUCGCUCGCUUCCUGGAGGCUCACUCACGCGUGGAGCGUGUUGUCUACCCAGGACUCCCGUCGCAUCCUCAGCAUGAGCUGGCCUGUCGCCAGGGCAAGGGAUUCGGAGGCAUGGUCGUGUGCUUCAUUAAGGGUGGUCUGGAGCAGUCCAAGACCUUCCUCAGCUCUCUCAAGGUGUUCACGCUGGCAGAGAGUUUGGGUGGCUUCGAGAGCUUGGCUGAACUGCCUUCCCGCAUGACACACGCUUCCAUUACGCAAGAGGAGCGCACCAAGCUGGGCAUCUCCGACACGCUGAUCCGUCUCUCUGUUGGCCUGGAAGAGGAGGAAGACUUGCUGACAGAUCUGGAGCAGGCACUGAAGAAGGCCGUCCCAGACUCCCUGCUCUAAGUUAAUUCAACAAUGUCUCUAGCAGAAUAGGCGUCUAUGAGCGUGCCCAGUGCCCUGUGAGGCUGAGCGCAGAGCCCCGAUGACUGCAGCACUCCUGCUGCUUUGGUAUGGCGGCACUGAUUUCCAAUUCACUCUGUUGCUCUGAGUACAAUAUCAGCCAUGCAAGUGAGUGACUGCCUGUGUCUUCUUAGCGUUGUGUUCUAGUGAGAAGUUGUUUCAGACGUCUCCACUAAAACUAUUUAAGUUAGCACCAUGAGCUCAAAUGCCAAUUUGUAGGAUUUUUAUUUGUUACUUCAAGUAGCAUUUCCCCUUUUUCUGUUUUGCGCAUUUUUUGUCUUCUUUGUACACACGGAUGUACUACUGUGCACAAGGAAUUAGUUUCUUUGAGACAUAGGAAGUACUCUUGAUCUAAGUGUUUUCUCACUUCCUAUUGGUGUGCAGUAUUGCACCUGUUUGAGUAUGUCUCAGCAGCAGA